AUGAUGGCUGCCCCCACACUCUCCAUGAUCGAUCCCACCAAGCAAGCCGAAUACCCAAUCGUGCUGGGGGAGAGGCUUGCUCAGGACGACGCCAAUCGACUGGUCAACAUCAACUACAACUACAAAUCCAAGUCGGCCACCCCACAACAGCGGUCCACCAUCACCCGCUCUCCGUCCUCAGACCUCUACGACCUCGCUGUCACGGAUAAGGCCCCGAACGCCGAUCACACCUUAGCCUACUCCUACAAGGGUAGCGAAGAUCCCUCGAACGAACGAAGCCUGGUCCUGAUCUUCGACCCGGAACGAAAAGUCUUUGUGCUGGAGCCAGUCUCGACAACCCUGAACUUUAACCUGCGGUCGGCGCCCGGGAAGACCGAAAAACAAGUCCGCGAACAAUACGAACAACUCCAGAUCAAAGAGGAGGAUGAACACGCAACGUCGGGCGAAGACCGCCAUGCAACAAGCACCAGCGAGGAUGAAGGGCCCGCGGACGACAGCAACCCGUACGAUUUCCGUCAUUUCCUCCCCAAGAAUCGCAAGGAAGACGAUAAGCCCACCUCCGGCCACACCACCCCAGAACCAAUUCCUAGCAGAGCCGAGACACCGGUGAUGCCCGCCUCUCGACCAGCUCCAAAGCCCGCGCCACGGCCGAAACCACAAGCGAAUCCCUUACGGCAGAAGAAGCCGACAAAACCACAGCCCAAAGCUCCCCCGAAACCCGAACCUGUCAGCCAGCCUGAGCCGUUCGAACCCAGGGACUCGCCCACGCCCUCUGAUGCAGGGACGGGCUCGCAGCAUACUGGGGCGCAGUCGCCAGACUCUAAUAUUAUUGUUGACGGGGAUCUCAUUAUCGAUAUGGGAUCUCCGCCGCCACAGCGCUCGUUCGUCGUCAACCCUGCCUACUUCUCGUCUAAUAACACUCCGGCCGACGGGGAUGGGGACGGAGAUGAAGAUAUUGGAGAGUUCAGUUUACCUUCUCCGGCUGGCAAUGAUGCCGCACAUGCAUCGUCUACACAUACAGGGACAGCGCCUCCAGAGGAUGAGGUUGAGGAUGAUGAUGACCUAGCGGCUGAAAUGGAGGCUGCUUUCGAGGAAAGCGCUCGUGAAGAAGAAGCUCGUCAUCAGUACAAGCCACCGGCGAGACAAUACGUCCCCAGUGAUGAUGAAAGUGAGGUCAGUGAGGAAGAGUAG